AUGUCUCUCUUCGGCUACACUGAUCCCUGGUCCGACCUGCGCGACAUGCAGAGGCAGAUGGACAGGCUCAUGGGCUGGGCUGGCGCGGACAUCACCCCUACCGGCUUCGCCGAGGUGCCCCUGCUCACCGGUGGCCCGACCACCACCACCGGCCGCGAGCUCGGUGUGACCCCCCGCAUCGGCUCCGGCGCCGGCCAGCUUGCGUUGGGUCAGUGGAACCCCUUCAUGGACGUGCGCCAGACCGACAAGGGCCUCGUGGUCCACGCCGAGCUGCCCGGCUGCAACAAGGACGACAUCAAGCUGAGCAUCGACCAGAACCGGCUCGUCCUCGAAGGCCAGAAGAGGACCCACCACAAGGAGAAGGGCGAGAACUGGGUGCGCAAGGAGCGCUUCGAGGGCUCGUUCUACCGCACCCUGCCCCUGCCCCGCGGCGUCGAGCCCAACCAGAUCCAGGCCAACUACCAGGACGGCGUGCUUGAGGUCUUCGUUCCCACGCCCGCCGGCGCCCCGCAGAAGCAGGCGAUCGACAUCAAGUCCUCCCAGGCAUCCACCAGCGGCCAGGAGCAGCAGAUCAGCGGCCAGGAGCAGCUGGGCGAGAAGGGCAAGGAGCAGGUGCCCAUCGGCGGCGAGAGGGGCCAGAAGUAA